ACCUGGUCACAUCAAAGCUUUAGUACUAAUUUUGCUUUAGUACUAAUUUUUCCUUCUCUCUCAACUAAUUUGGAGGUUCUUUCUUUUCCCUUCCCCACUUCGAAAAGAUUCCAAGGACAAUCCAGCCAAAGUGACCAACCACCUUCCUAACUCUUCUUUUUAAUUCAUACACCUCCCUCUAUAUGUAUCUUAUAGUUUGUCAGUAGCUCAAAGCCACAAACUCACCAUCACCCUUUAUUUUUCCUGAAUUUUAUAGCAUAUGCUAUAGUAAGUCCAACGAUGCCACCAGUACAUUCUAGCUCAUACUUCCAAAUGGACAAUCAAGCCAUAUUAUCAUUGCUCCGGCACACUGCAGGCGAGAAACGAUCAAAAUCUAGUAGCAGUGGGCUUCUUAAAAUGUUCAAGCUCUUCCCCAUGUUAACCUCAGGCUGCAAGAUGGUUGCGCUAUUAGGCAGACCUCGUAAAGCUUUACUCAAGGACAACGCCACAACAGGUACCAUUUUUGGUUAUCGUAAAGGUAGAGUUAGUCUAGCCAUCCAGGAAGAUCCUCAUUGUGUGCCGAGGUUUGUUAUAGAGCUACCGAUGCACUCAAGUCUAUUUCACAAAGAAAUGGCAUCGGAUAUUGUAAGAAUCGCUUUAGAGAGCGAGACCAAGACACAUAAAAAGAAACUAUUGGAGGAGUUUGUUUGGGCUGUGUAUUGUAAUGGAAGAAAGGUUGGGUACUCUAUUAGGAGGAAGCAAAUGUCUGAUGAUGAGCUUCAUGUUAUGCAACUUCUGAGAGGUGUUUCUAUGGGUGCUGGUGUGCUUCCUUGCCCAAAUAAUGAGAAAGAAUCAUCAGCUGAUGGGGAAUUGACAUACAUAAGAGCCAGAUUUGAGAGAGUGGUUGGAUCUAAAGACUCUGAAGCUUUGUACAUGAUUAAUCCUGAUGGUGCAGCAGGACCAGAAUUAAGUAUUUUCUUUGUAAGGGCUCGUUAGAGAAUUCGUUUGUGUGACAUUCUAGGUGUUGUUUGUAAACUUAAUUUUUCUAAUCAUAAGCACCAUAAAAAUAUCCUAUUGACCUC